AUGGCGAGCUGGGUCGCCCUGAAUGUUGAACCGGACGACGGUAUUGAAGAGGAGGUAGACGAUACCAAGGAGCUUCAGAUCGAAGAAGCACUGAAGCUGUACCACAGUGCACUGAAGCUCCACUCGCAAGGCCCGGAGUAUUAUCCCCAGGCCGCUGAAGCAUACGACUCUCUUCUCAAUUCCGAGAUCUUCAAAUACCCCGAGUCCCUUUCCGAUUUCAAGAGGGCGGCUCUCCCAGAUACACAAUCUGCUGCUGCUGCCGACGAUGCUGCAGCCGAUCCAGUUGCAGAAUUUAAUGUCACCGAUUCCACUUCCAGCCUUUUCCAGACCCUUUACCUCUCUUAUAAAAACCACGGCAAAUACCUUCUCGACUCGCUUCACGAAUCCCUGCGAAAUACUCCCCAGAGCUCCGAGACGGCGCAAGAAACUGCACGAAAGACAGCGGGGGUGACAAAAGAUGCGGUGAGGUCGUUUGCAGAGGCGCUCGAACGCGAUGAUACCGACCUCAAUUUGUGGAGACAGUGUGCCAGACUCGGCAGUGCUCUCCAAAGUUAUCGCCUAAAUCGCUUUUGUCUCGAGAGCGUCCUGGCGGAUGAUGAUAAUCGCCUGGAGGUGCGAUCGGCGCAGCUGGGCCUGGAGGAAAUAUUUUCGGAGGAGCGCCUACGAAGUACACUUGGACACAUUUUCGAUGGGCUGUCCGCCUCCCAAAUUCCGGUCAAGAAACCGAGAAAGGCCCUCGAGAAAUAUCUUAAACAGCACGCUGAUCUAUAUUCGUACCUGCCUGCACUGCCAACCGAUAUACAAUCCCUAGAUCCGGCCAAGGGCCCUCUCGCACUCUCAACUUUGCGCCGGGAAAUAAGACCAUCCGAAGGAACAUGGGAAGCGGUUGGCAAAGCACUUCUUCAAGCGCUGGAUAAUGAGGAAAGUGCCUCUCUCGCUGCUGUCCCCAGUCAGUCCAUUUACGUUACUCUACCACCCAAGAGUUCGGAGGCACUUGAUUCUCUUGAAAACGAGGACAUGGACAAAACUUCCGAACCUGGUGCGACCGCCAAAGUCGAAAAUGAAGAUGUAGAUAUGAUUGAGGAGAACCAACAAGAUGGAGAACCGGCGAACCCAGAGAUGGAGAAUCCAGAUACGGAGAAACCCACAGACGAAGUUGCGCAGGACCCAUCAGAACCGGCAGAGGAACAGGCUUCCUUUGAUCAAAGCGCAGAAAAACAGCUGAUGGAAUCGCUGGAAGGUCAAUCUGUCCAACCACCCGAGAAACAUGCUCCAGAGGACGAUGCCAACAAUGAAGAAGCGGAACCAAAGUCUCCGUCUGACACCCGAAAAAGAUCAUCCGCAUCAGCUGUAAACGACGACCAGCCCGAAGGAGGAAGAAUGAAAAGUCGACGAACACGAGCUCGAGAGUCGAAUGCUGACGCGUUGGCUGAGCCAGAUGAAGUUGCCUUUGACCAAGAGAAAUACUAUGAGGACCGCCUGGAAAUCUUUGUCAAUGCUGAUGACUGGAUGUUCAACACUCUUGGCUCCUUAUACUCAAAGGUUGGGAUCGAAGCUUUGGGAACCAUCGAAACCCUCAGAAAGCAGGUAGCGGCUCUGAACGAUUCCGAUGAGGCCGCCCAGGAACCUGAGAUCCGGCUUGUUCAAGAUUUACGCGGCAUCUUCAGGAGCUGGAAUGACGAGAAAUCUCGUUUGAUGCAGCAAAAAGAUGAUCUUUCCUCCUUGAAAGAUAUUCGCGGCACCAGCAAGUCUGGGUUGUCAGUAUUUCUUGAACACUCAAGGAAAGGCAUUCGGAAGCCCUUCCUUCAGCAGGAGUUAUCCUCAGGCGAGGAGCUGUACCGGUUUUCGGAUACAGUAAACAAUAGCUGGCUGCAUCCACAUGAGACAUCGUACGAGUGGCUUAAAUGUCUUCUCAUGCCGGAGUUUGGGCAGCAACCUUCGCAAUGGCCUGUAAUGAAAUCAACAUAUCUGUCGUUCUUGUGGCCUAGUGAACUCAAAGAGACGGUCGUGAAGCUUCUGCUCCGUGAAGAUGAAUUCAUCUUUACUAGGAUGAGUGAACUCAUUGCAAACAUUGAACGCCGUAUCCUCGAGUCAAGCUCCGAAGCUCCUUUCGAGUAUCAGAUGAACUACUUCUCCGAAGUUGAAAUGAUUCAGUCCAUCUACGAACUUCAUGUGGAUGUUUUUGCGUCCGUUGUGAACCCCAGCAGCGAAGCUAUUCGACACAAACGAUACGUCCAGACCGACCGCCUGGCCAGAUGGGGCAUUCUCGCUCGAUCGGCGCUGCACUUUCUUAUUGACUACUGUCCGUCUGAAAUAUGCCGCCAAAAUAUCGCACUUCGUCAUCUGUGGGCAUCAACAUUUCAUAUGAUCCUUGGCGGCGAGGCUCAGCGCGAGCAUAUCUUGCUUUGUCUCCAAGACUUGAAGCACAUCCUUCAGACCAUUGGUGAUCCUUGCAUCACCCUUUUGAACAAUUCUACCUUGUCUGAAUUAUCUGUUGCGACAGUAGAUCAGGAGGUUCUCAAGCUGAAGUGCAUGGACUUCUUUGCCAAGAUUUUUAAUCCAGAAGACGAAGAUCCUGUGUCGCUCAUUGAAGCCAUAGAGCCGAUCCUUGAACCUUCAUCCAUUGAGUACCCAGAAGGAUCCCCCGAGCAGGAUGGCCUGAAUGAUCUCUCGUCUACCUCCAGCGAGAUGGCUUCAUUCCUGGACCGGGGUGAUGCUACAUUGCGACUCUUCUUGUGGCGAAGGCUCCAAGAGGCAUAUCAGGCUAUCGACUAUCCGCCGAAAGUUGUCUCAUGCUAUCUGCGGAGUAUUGAGGUCAUUAUGGCCGAGUUAGAGGAUGCAAAGAACCUUGAAGAAACGAGUCAGCAUCGCCAAAUCAUUUUGCUCGGCUGGCUUAAGUCCCUGGACGGAAUCCUGGGCAAGGCAAUCCCACUCAUUCUUCAACACCUUGAGAAAGCCUACGAGUGUGUGGAUAUGGAGCACCUGCAAGCUUCAAUCUCUGCAGUAGCUCGCCUUACCAGACUCGUUCAUAGCUUUGUAUUAUACGAGGAUUCAGUCCGUGUGGGCCAAGUCUCUGGACGUGAAUUUCGUGGAUCUCUGGCGAAAUCACUCGAGAACUUCAAAGAAAGAAUGCGGGAGCUCUACGUCCGCUGCUGGAUUUUGCAGUAUACUCUUUUCUUAGAAGCAAUCUCCCAGAACAAGGAUAUGUUUGACGAACCACUGGAAGAUCGCAUUCGGAUUCUUCGGUCUGUGCAUAAUGCGCUGGGUGUUCGUUCCAUGUGCAGAUAUUCCCAGAAACGGUUCCUGAAGCUCAUGAAAUCCGAGUUACUGGAUCUUGAGACGAAGGGUGAUUAUGAGCAUGAUAUCUGUCAGGUUCUGCUUGACCUCCACGGCAUCAAAUUGUCGCCUCUCGAUGGAACGACAGACCACGGGUGCCCCCCGGAGAAGCUAGAUCGCCCUACGGCCAUCAUGAUGAUCGACUUCGUGAUGAGACAGGCGCAAAACAUGAACAUGAAGGACUUAUCGAAGUCUGAACUGAAGACGACGAUUGAAAAGAUGCAACAGACCAUUGUUCCCGCAAAGCUCCCACCGUCGCCCCAAAUGUCUUUCAAUCGCCGUAUUUUUCACGGGUACAUCAAGGCCCCUGUCAAUCCUUCAAUUCUCCUCCGCGCUGUCCAGGGAGUAUUGGAGCUUUCAAUGAUGACCGUUCCAGGCGAGAAUGCAAAAAUUGCUGCCAAGGGGUGGUAUUUCCUCCUUGGUCAUGCGGCCCUGACAAAGUUUCGGUCUCAAAAACGCCUCAGCCCUGGCUCGACAACGGAGCUUGAUGAUGCCAUCAAUUUCUUCAGACAGGACCUUGACCAUGGGUCGGGAAGAUGGGAAACUUGGUAUCGACUCGCUCAGGCGUAUGACACCAAGUUGGACGAAGAUAUAACAUGGACUGCAGACAAAAUCAACAACAACCGCAGUGAUUUGGCAACCACGCAACGAUAUGCAAUUCAUUGUUAUGCAAUGGCCGUUUCAAUGGCUAUAAGAACUGCAGAGCCGACAAACGAGACUCGAGCGCUUCUAUCAGACCUGUACACUGAUUUUGGUAUUAGACUGUACUCAUCAUCUCGUGAACCGCUCUCAAUGGGGGCAUUUGGACUUUCGGAUUUCUCUCGGCAUUUCAGCAGCGAAGAAAGCCAGCAGAUGUAUAAAGGACAGCCUUACAAGGAGAUGUCCUUAUACUCUGUCUGGAACUUCGCCUGCAAUCUCCUCAGGAGAGCGCUGGUCGACAAACCCAAACGGUGGAUAACACAUUAUUUCAUCGGCAAAUGCCUCUGGAAAAUGUUUAGCAGCGACGACUCCAUGCGGACGACUUCAAGGCGGGUUGAAAUGCAAGACGUUCUAGAUGCUUUUCAUGAUGCCAUUUCAAGUCUUCCCCAGCGGAAAGAUUCGCGCGCCGAUCCGAUAUUUGAGCCGCAUUUCAAGCUUUUAUCUAUUGUGCAAAAAUUGGUCCUUCGAGGAACCAUGACACCGACCGAAGCUAGCGAAGCUCUUCAAGCCACCCCCUGGGCUCGCAAAGUGGAUGCACCUCGGAGCAUCGAAGGGUGGAAACCAUACAUCCUCGAGGUCAUCAGGAAGUUUAAGAGCGCGGAUAAGUCCAAUUGGCAUCACCGGAUGAGCGCUAAGGCUGCUCACGUUAUCUAUGAUGACGAGAAGAAUGCGACGGCCGCGGUGGCGGCCAAGCAAGAACUGUCACAGAUUUUCACCAAGACUCUCACAAUUCAAGUUUGGCGACCGGAAUUUGAGCGUCCUGGGAGGCAUUUUGUCUAUACCAACCGUUACGUUCACUUCUUUGUCAGUCUGCUUGACCGACUUGAUGAUCGUGCAAGCUUAGAUCAGCUACUGCGGCGAGUGAGAAAGAAGCAAGGAGAUUUCAUCAACCACACCAAACUGUGGGAAGAUGUCUGCUUGACUUAUGCAAAGAUGAUCCGCAGAGCCGCAGAUAUCAACGAGGGACACGAGGAGGGUGUUUUCAGACCCAUUGGCUGGGAAGAAUUCUCUACGAAAACAGCUCGGCUGGAGAAUUUGACACAACUUUCUCCGGAGAGUCUCCCUCUGCUCGAGCUGAUUCGUGACUCGCUCGAGUUGAAAAAGCUCAACAAUAACUUGAUGAAAGUUACCAUGUUUGAAGACCUCGUUGCGGAUUUAUACGCCCGGGUUUAUGAGCUCAAUAUGCCUUUGCUCAUCGAGCAGGUAAACGAGGAGAACAAAGAGAAGAUGAAGGUCGACCACCUUCUAAUGGCUGGGGAUGGAAAUACAGAGGCGUCUAACCCUGCAACCCCUCUUCCAGCUUCUGAUACUCCAGCCCCUCGUGGUCGAACAAAGGGAAUCGCUCGUCGUGAUGUUCAAAAGCGUGCCGACACGAUCGUCAACCUCAAGCUGGGACCUCGAACCGCGACAAGCAAGUUUACUGCCUCGGCUGAAGCAGACCAGUCCUCAUCCACUGCACAUGGUGCGAACGCAGCCGCCGCGCCCACUUCAAUUCCUCACGAGCCCGGGAAGCAGCCAUCGGCUGCCGAUGAUGGCGCUGGCGUUCAAAGAAGCGAUGCUAAUAGCUUCAACGACACUGCAGACGAGAGUGAACUUAGUGAAGUCGAAGGGACAAAACUAAACAAGUUGUCUUCGAAACGGAAGUCUCUUAUCCCUACACUUCAUAAAACAGAAUCAGGAGAUGUCGAUACCGAGACCGAAAAUGACGGUGCUGAUGAAGGAGAAGGAGAAGAUGAAGGCGAUGAGAACGACGAUGGCGAGGAUGACGAUGACCCUGCCACCACAGAAGCUGAAGCCGGUGGCGAGGAGGAACAAGGUGACGAUGGAGAAGACGAAGACAUUCAAGACGAGGACGAGACAGGCCCCACUGUUGACGAAAACAAAGCUGAUGAUGGCGAAGCCACCGAUAAGGAAGUGGACAAGGAUGGUACCAGCGAUGGCGGGACUGCGCAGCCCAGAGAGAAUCAGCCGGAUAAUAAGCACCACAGUGAUUCAGUCAAGGAUGAAGAUUCUGAGCAGCCAGAUGCCAUGGAUGUCAUGCCUGCUUGA